UUUUAAUUCAAAACAUCCCACCAAAUGCGCAAAAAUCACAAAAAACAAAGCAAUCAUGGGAAUGAAAAAACCAUUCUCUCUUCUCUUCAUGUAUGCUGUGUUUUUGCUAUUUUCUUCUUCUUUUGUCACUGCUACAACAUCAGGAGAUUCAGAAGUAGAGACUCUCCUCCAUCCAUGGUCUCCCACUAGUUUUAGUCCCUUCGACGUUGGCACCGAAAGCCGUCGGAAGCUGUCUCAUGUGCAACACUCCGGCAAAACGACUGCGAGGGAGCUAUAUGAAUUUAAUGAAAAAAAGGACAACCACGACAAGAAAAAAGGCCCCAAAACUAUGAUUUUGAUCCUCAUUCCGCUCUCCGCCGCACUAUUUUUUGUCUUCGUAUUCAUCACAAUCUACUUCGUCUGUUGCCAAAGGACGAGAAACAUAAGAAACCAAGCAAGCGAAUCGACCGAUGGCGAUAUAUUUUCAAUAUGGAAUUACGACGGGAAGAACGUAUAUGAAGACAUCAUGGAAGCGACUGAAGGUUUCAACGACAUAUAUUGCAUUGGCAUGGGAGGGAACGGCAUGGUCUAUGAAGCCGAGCUGUCAACGGGUCAGGUGGUAGCUGUAAAGAGAUUCCACUCAUCGGACAAUGGCGAGCUCGUCGACAUGAAAGGUUUUAGAAAUGAGAUACGAGCAUUGAUAAACAUCCGGCACCGUAACAUCGUAAAGCUUUACGGGUUUUGUUCGCACACCCGGUACAAGUUCCUUGUAUAUGAGUACAUGGAAAGAGGAAGCUUAGAUAUUGUUUUGAACAAUGCCGACCGCGCCGUCGAAUUGGAUUGGGUUAAGAGGGUGAAUGUUAUCAAAGGCAUUGCUUGGGCCUUGUGUUACAUGCACCACGACGGCCCUAAGCCGUUGGUUCACCGGGACAUAUCGAGUAAGAAUAUUUUGUUGAAUUCCAAUUUCGAGGCUUGUGUUGCUGAUUUCGGCAUCGCCCGGCUUUUGAAUCCAAAUUCAUCUAAUUGGACCGUCCUCCAGGGUACUUACGGGUACAUGGCGCCAGAGUUUGCUUCCACAAUGAGGCUGACUGAAAAAUGCGACGUAUAUAGCUUUGGGGUUGUAUCGCUCGAAGUGAUCAUGGGGAGGCAUCCAGGGGAUCUAAUCUCCUCUUUAUCAUCAUUGUCUAGUGGAGAAAACAUAUUGUUGAAGAAUGUGUUAGAUCAACGACUCCCAGCUCCCAUGGAUCAAGUCGCAACCGAAGUUGUUUCAGUAGUGCGACUCGCUCUUGCAUGUUUGCGCCCCAAACCUGAAUCUCGUCCAACCAUGAAGCAUGUUUCUCGCGAGCUAAUUGCACAUAAACCGCCUCUUCGUACGCCUUUUCACAAAAUUACAUUUUUUCAAUUGAUGGAACUUGACAAACAAUGGCACAAAUGCAGCAGCAAGUGUCUUACAGCAUGUUGAUGAUAUUGUAUCGUAGCAUUCUCUUAGCUUAUUUCAUCAAACCAACCAUAAAUACAAAUACAUGUAUACUCUAACCAUAUUAAAAAGACCAUUAGACAAAAUUUCUAUUCUCUUGAUGGCUCAUUUUUUAUCAGUCGAUUUAACCUUCUAGAAACCUACCUUUUUCUCAUUCAUGAUAGUUGUUGGUGAUUUCUGUUUUCUAUUGCUUAUUUGUGUGUCACCAAUUAAAUGGCAAAGAUUGUCCAAGUAAUUAUGAUGACUAUCAAAUAAUCACUUUUUGAUAGAAAAUGGAUUUUGAGGAGAAUGAAUUUUGAAUUUU